CGUGUUCCCAUCAAUCUACACCAAUAAACAAACUUGGAACUGAAGAAAGUAGCAGAAGCAUCAAGAACAGAUUACAAAACAUGUCUGCUGCUUCCACAACUCCGGCCACAAAUAUUUUCGGCUUCGGAAGCUACACCACCGUGCUUCAAAAGGUGGACUCGGAGGCCACUUCUUCAGUGCCCGUCCCACCACCGAAGUCACUGCUUAUUGCCACACCUUGUGAAGCAGGAGAAUUCCCAGUACUCAUAUUCCUCCAUGGUUACCUUCUUUACAACUCUUUCUACUCUCAGCUUCUCCAGCAUGUUGCUUCCCAUGGCUUCAUUGUUAUUUCUCCCCAGUUGUACACCGUGGCCGGACCAGAUGCCACUGAUGAGAUUAAGUCCACAGCUGCAAUAACCAAUUGGCUGUCCAGAGGAGAACUCCAAGGGUUGCUUCCACAACUUGGUCGGCCAAACUUAAGCAAGCUCGCACUUGCCGGCCACAGCAGAGGAGGCAAAGUUGCUUUCGCGCUAGCUCUGCAGAAGGCAAUGGCGACGCUAAACUUUUCGGCCUUAAUAGGCGUAGACCCCGUCGAUGGAAUGGAUUCAAGGAAACAAACACACCCUCCAGUACUCACUUAUGCUCCUCAUUCGUUCGAUCUCGAUAUGGCAGUGAUGGUUAUCGGUUCGGGUCUCGGUGAAGUGAGAAGACACCCUUUGUUCCCUCCUUGUGCUCCCAAGGGAGUUAACCAUGAGGAUUUCUUCAAAGAAUGUAGAAAACCGGCUUGUCAUUUUGUUGCCAAGGACUAUGGUCAUCUCGACAUGUUGGAUGAUGAGACUAAAGGGUUAAGAGGACGCUCAUCGUACUGUUUGUGCAAAAAUGGCAAGGCUAGGGAGCCGAUGAGAAGGAUUGUUGGAGGAGCUAUUGUUGCUUUCAUGAAAGAUUAUCUUAAUGGAGAUCAGACUGACUUGAUUGCUAUAAAACAUGGCCAUGAAACUGCACCGGUGGAGCUUCAAACGACCGCAUUUCUUGUUUAAACACACUCAGGGAUAAAUUGAAGGGUC